AUGGCAUCCUCUGGCAAACCUCCUUUGGAUGACACCCGUCGCACGACGGGAUCGCCCAAGAUGAAGACCCGAGAGAAUGCGAAAGACACACUAUGCCGCAAUGUCACCAUUUAUGGCCGUUGUCGAUAUGAAGACAAAGGUGAGUGGAUUGUUCCCUCCUCGCCCCACGAUAUACGCGGGUUGAUGUUGACCGAAGUCUUUCUUCCCUAUCUAGGCUGCGCUUUCAACCAUGAUCCCCAGAAAGUAAACUCGGCGUACCAAUCAGAUAGCAAUAAGAAACGCUUCAAUGUCGACUCACCUAGCUUCACCCCAUCCCUCUUGUCCGGCAAUGGCGUAUCAGCCCCCAAGAAAUCGAAUCCCAUCUCUCCCAAAGCUGCAAAUGCCGCUCCCUUCCAACCAAGAACCGCCGCCUCACGUAUGGCGUCCCCCGUGCCGGCCCCAAAGACCCCGCUGACUGGAAAAGGCUCGAAUACGAGUACCCCGCGACAAGAAGUCGGGACCCCGGACUGGUCCAUGGCGGAGGUGCAGGAAUUUGUUCCGCAGGGCUUUGAAGGUGCUCACAUGCCAUCCAUCCAAGGUAAUGGAAAUGGUGCCAUCACCCCCUCAGGUGCCUUUGAUCCAUUUGUCACAGCUUCCGGUGCGUUGUCUGCUGGUGCGGUGGGCCCGGUCUCUACCAACCCAUAUUCGCACGACGCGGCGGCUACACUUGGCGGGGCCACUUUCUUUACCAACCAGACUGGUUUCCAGCAGCCGGUCCAAUAUCAUCUAUACGCUCCGAUCGGUCCCCACAGCCAAAGUACGCUUGGCUAUCAACGGAAUGUCCACGACCUAUUUCUCCCCAAUGACUUCCGAGAAGAAUUGCAGAAGAAAGCUGCAGCUACCUUGCAGACUCUACCUAACACUCAGUUACCGGCACAGGUCGACUAUUUCCACUCUUUGGUUCCCCUGGAUUUAAGCCACCAGAAGAAUGCCGCCACUUUCGGCUAUCCAAGCUGGGUGUACAAGGCACAGUCAAGCAAAGACGGAAAUUUCUAUGCCUUGCGCAGACUAGAAGGGUUUCGCUUAACCAACGAGAAGGCCAUCCGAUCCGUUCAAGCCUGGAAACGAGUGUGCAGUGGAAGCGUUGUCACCGUCCACGAUGCGUUUACCAGCCGAAGUUUCCAGGAUAGCUCACUGAUCUUCGUCACUGAUUACCAUCCUUUAUCUAAGACCCUAGCCGAGCAACAUCUGGGCGCUGGAAACCGUUUCCAGAACCGCCACAACCCACAUAUUACCGAGCAGAUUCUGUGGGGAUACAUGACUCAAAUCGCAAAUGCAUUGAAAGCGAUCCACUCCAACGGUAUCGCUGCAAGGGUUCUUGAGCCGAGCAAAGUUCUACUUACCGGCAAGAACCGUAUCCGUUUGAAUGCUUGUGCAAUCCUGGACGUGGUUCAAUUUGAUACCCAGAGGACCGUGGCCGACCUACAGCGGCAAGACUUGGUUAACUUUGGACAAAUGAUGGUUACUCUGGGUGCUAACUCGCCCAAUGUCAUGCACAACCCUGCCAAGGCAAUGGAACACUUCACCCGCGCAUAUAGCCCGCAAAUGAAGAACUCCGUUUUCUGGCUGCUGAACUCUCUGCAGAUAGACCAGGAGCGGAACAUCGACCUAUUCAUCACCGGAAUUUCGUCCCAGCUGAUGUCGACAUUUGACUCGGCCCUCCAUCUUGAUGACCAGCUCACGACUGAUCUCGGCCGCGAGCUUGAAAAUGGACGGCUCGUGCGUUUGAUGACGAAAUUGAACCUCGUCAAUGAACGACCUGAAUAUGAACAUGACAGACAGUGGUCGGAAAGUGGGGAGCGUUAUUUCUUGAAGAUUUUCCGUGACUACGUCUUCCACCAAGUGGACGCGCAAGGCGAUCCAGUGGUCGACCUUGGACAUGUGUUGACUUGUUUGAACAAGCUGGAUGCAGGGUCCGAUGAAAAGGUCACAUUGGUUAGUCGCGAUGAACAAAGCUGUUUCAUCGUGAGUUAUAAAGAGAUCAAGAAGGCCCUGGAGUCCUCAUUCCAGGCAUUGAUGAAGCCCGCGAGAAGAAUGCACUAA